UACAUGCACGCUUUAGUUGCAGUUGUAGAACCGGGUGAGGCUAAUUGUUGUUAGCCGUGUUGGAAGCUAAGCUAACUGAAGGUCUCUUUGAAUUGAACAGGAUUAACCAAUCAAUCUGGCAUAAGUGAUUGGCAGACUGACUUCAUCUAUUUAAGUACUUUCAGUUUACCUCCGCACUUCCAGCUUAAAGCCCAUAUUGGAGAAGCCCGAUGGUGGAGGCCUGCUAAAUCUUGCAGGUAAAUGCCAGGUGGGUGGCCCAGGAGGAAUGGGUGUGGCUGGACAUGAGGGUCCAAGUUAAUAAAAACACCAACCAGGCGAAGCCCGCUCCAGCCGAUAUGUCGGAGUAUGGCCGCUCGCGGAGGAAACGUGUGCCCAAGCUGUGCGACUGCUGCGGGCCAAACGGCAAGCCUCACCUGCCGGGCCAUGAUCCUGUCACAAAGAGAAGAGGCCGGAAGAAGAAAGAAGUGGAAAAGGAAGUGGAGGUGACGACUGAAAAAACUUCACAUUCUGUUAUAGUGGAGCAGGCCUCGACAGCAGAUACGGACAACAUGACUGUGUGCGACGUUCAACAAGUAACACUUUCUGAAGAGACCCCAAUCCUGAGCGAGGAACAGAUUAUUUCUACAGCCAGUGAUUUACCUUUUCUGCUCAAUGGCACCGUGCUCGGUCCAGAAAAAAUUAACAAUGAAAUUUCAGAUACGGAUUCCAUUUCACUUACUGACUCCAAACAGAGCGGUUCAGUCACACAAACCAGUUCAGACACACACUGUGAUCUUACCAGUUUGGACUUACACAGCAACUGCAUGGAAAAACUGGCAGAACCUUCUGCACACAACAGCGAUGUCGUGUCAGAUCAUCCAGCAGAUGCAGAGGCCAUGGAAGUGGAACAUACAGUGUCAUCUGCCUAUCUUAACAUAAAGGCUUUAAGGGACCACCGUUACUGUAAAUGGCCUCAUUCAGCAUCAGAAGAACAACAGGCUGAUGCUGCACAGCCCCCUUUGACUGAAAUCCAACAGGACGACAUUGUGGAACAUCUUCACGAAUACCUCGAGCUUUUCUAUGGAAAGUAUGGGAGCUUUAUUCCACUGAGUGAGGAAGAUAUCCUGGAGUACCUGAACAAACACUUGAACUUAGACUUUAAUGACAAAAGAAAAAUGAUAAGCAAAGAAGUGAUGAAGUACCAGGCCAGCUUGGCUUGUGCUUCCAUGCAUUUCUUUAAAGUGACCUACAAUAAGCACACACUGGCCCUCGAAGACCUUUCAACACUUGGUGACCAAAACUGGGUCAAUGACCAGGUUAUAAACAUGUAUGGUGAGUUGAUCAUGGACGCUACAAACCAUAAGGUUCAUUUCUUCAACAGCUUCUUUUACAGACAGCUUGUAGCUAAGGGCUUUGAAGGAGUGAAGAGGUGGACCAAAAAGGUCGAUGUGUUUUCUAAACGAUUGCUGCUGAUUCCCCUCCACUUGGAGAUCCACUGGUCCCUGAUUACUGUCGACGUCUCCAAGCAAAAUAUUAACUUCUAUGAUUCCCAAGGAAUAUUGUUCAAGUUUGCUGUUGAUAAUAUUUUGAAAUACAUGAUAGCUGAGGCAAAGGAGAAAAAGCAAGCUGCUUUUCAGAAAGGCUGGAAGAUGACCGUCAACAAGGGUAUUCCACAACAGAAGAAUGAUAAUGACUGUGGGGUUUUUGUUUUAGAGUACUGUAAGUGCCUGGCAUUUAAAGAACCACUUCGCUUCACGCAAGAGGACAUGCCUAAAGUGCGCAAACGGAUUUACAAAGAACUCUGUGACUGUAAACUCACUGACUUUCAAAACAAAGUUGAAGCUUAAACGCGCUCUUUUGCUCAUUUGCUGUAAAUAGACUUCUUACUUUUUACUGUGGGAGACGACCUGUACCUCACGGUUACAUGCCAGGAGAGAUCUUAGAUUAUGAAUCUGGGCAAGGAACAGACUGAAGAUGGUCAGCUGUCCUGGUCAGUCACCGAUUCAGGUCGAGUGUGAUGAUGGCGAGUAUUGGCUGCUGACAGGAUUCCUAAUAUUCGUUGUGGUAACCUCAUAAAGGUUCUUUUGUACGUGUACCUAAAGCCUCUACAGCUCAAACAGGUUCAUCUUUAUUGCAAUUAAAGUGAUUUUGUCAGGUUUCAUUUCCACAUACAGUAUAUGCAGUGUGAGCUGUAGAGCAUGUGACUUUGAAGGAUCAGCAUUUUAUAUUAGUGACUGCACAUUUAAUGCAGUACCAACACAAUAAAAAGAAUCCAGGCUUUUAAAUGAAUGUACUGUUAGAAGUGAAGAACUGUUUCCACCAAACUGUUUUGACAGAAUCUUUAGUUCGUUUUAAAUCCUCUCAGACUGAUCGUGUCCUGUUAAAACUUGUUAGCAAAUUAUUUGGGCGUCGUUUUUAUCUUUUGUACUCUGUUAGAAGCACUCUAGACACUUUUUUAAUCGCAGCUUCAUACGACAGUUUCUGUAGCGUGUAGUAUUAUGUAUUGCUCUGUUGCAAAUUCAAUAAGGUGUUUUAAGGUCACGUUCAAAUCGACGUGUAGUUGAUAUACCUGUACAUUGUCCGUUCAAGUUUAUUUGGACUGAUCUGACUGUGUUACAUGGACAAAAUAAUGAUUCGAUCAUACAGGUUUUGACAUUUAUCUGAUCAAUCAACCAGAUUGUUUGCUGGAUGUCAUUUUUCAAAUAGAUUAUGUCUGUAUUCUGUUUCAGAUUAUUAGAAAUUUAAGCUACUUAGAUUUUUGUCAAAGCAAUCAGGUCACUUCAUUUCAUUCUAUCAUAUUACUUUCAAAUUUUUACAACUGCACACAUGCGGAAACACACCUUGUAUAUGAAUACCCUGGACAGGGCACCAAUCCAUCACAGUGCCCGUCACGUUUAAUAAAUACAAGUGAAUGAUAAAUAAUGAAUAAUUUGACUUUAAUCUCAAUAGGUCAUGUGAAUACAGAGCAGCACUUGGGUCCUGGGUUUGAUAUUCAUCUCCAGCGUGUGCUCUACGUGUGUCCAAGUGGGUUUCCUCCCACUUCUCAAAAGCAUAGAGUAGGUGGAUUGGCUACUAUAAAUUGCCCCUUAGAUGUUAAUGAAUGAGUAAAUGGAUCAGAGACCUAUCUAUGGUGUACUUCCGCUUACACAAAAUCUUUUCAGGUACUGUUGGACCCACUGUGACCCAUAUCAGGAUUAAGCUGUUUUUGAAGAAAACGAUGUAGGUUUGUGGAACCCAGUAACUUGAUUGUGAAUCAUGAUCAGCUCAAAUCAUUGCAGACAGACAUGCAUUAUUUUGAGAGACCUACUUGUGUAAAGACUGGCACAUACGACAGACAGAAACUGUAAUUAAAAUUGCCUUAUGUUGUAAAAUAAAAGGGCAGCUGGGUAACUUAGUGGUUAAGGUACUGAACCAAUAAUCAGAAGUUUGACAAAUUGCCAACGUUGAUCCCUUAACCCUCAGCUGCUUGCACUGCAUAUAGGUCAUGACUGUAAGUCACUUUGGAUAUGUGUCUGAUAAAUGGCAAAAAAGGUUAUAAACAAGGAAUUCCUAUGUGGCAGCAGUGUAGUUUGGAAUAGAUACAUUUUCAGAUUGUGCCCCAUAUAUUUUUCAUUUAGAUCAGCCAGAUUUACUGCAUUCUUGGUUACUUGACAUGUAACUACAAAUUAUGACCUCAUUGAAAUGCCAGUUUCCUUUUGUUCUACUACUGUAUUGUCAUUAUUUAAACAACCACAUAAAACUGUUAUUAGUAACCUA